AUGGCCGGUCGCGUGGAUGAGCCAAGUCUCAGUUCGGAUCUUGCCGAAGUCCAAGAGCUUCUGUCCCAUGCACAUCCAGCCUCAGACGUGUGGACGCAGCCGCUGCAUCCACAGCGUCAUGUGUACGGAAUCUCCUUCCUACUCUCCCUUCGUCACCAUCGACUCUACUCGCUCUCCCCGUCUGACCCGAUCCGCCGCGUCCCAGCACAUUUGCCGGCCUUGUCCGAGCACAUAGCGACCCCGGAAAACACCCGCACUGCCGACGUCCUGCUGUCCGGCCCCGACGCCGGGUUAACCUUUUCCGACCUCGCCCUACCGCCCCCCAUUCUCUGCGCCCUCGCGCGUCAAGAAAUCACGCACCCCAGCCCAGUUCAACUGCGGGCGCUACCUGCCGCCCGCCUGGGGGCCGACGUUAUCGUUCAGGCGAAAUCAGGCACCGGCAAGACGCUAGUCUUCGGUAUCGUCGCUGCGGAAGCCGCCGCUUCCUCUUCUUCUUUGCAAGGUCCAGCAGCGCUCCUUAUCGCCCCUACCCGUGAGCUGGCCGCCCAGAUAGCGCGCGUGACGCAGAGUCUGUGUGACGGUUUUGAGAAUUCCCCGCAUGUUUCGCUCUUUAUCGGUGGGUGUCCUGAGCGGGAGGACGCAGCGAGAAUAGUCCAGCUACCGCCGGCGAUCGCCGUUGCGACGCCGGGACGCGCGCUUGCACUUGUGGAGAGGGGGAACUUGAGGGUCGCAGCGAUGAAGCUGCUGGUAUUGGACGAGGCUGAUAGAUUGCUUGAUGGAUCGUUGGGGGAUACAGUUCCGAGAAUUUGUGAAAUGCUCCCCAUGCGCAAGCAGACGUUGGCGUUUUCGGCUACUUAUCCGGCAAAACUACAGGUUUUGCUACGCAAGGUCAUGCGCAAUGCAACGCACAUUCAAGUUCAAAGACGGCCACAGCUUAGUGAAGAAGUCGGGGAAAAAGACGCAAGCACAGCGUCGAAGGAUACGAAUGCAGCAGAUCCGAAUCAAAAGGCUGUACUUCUUGGUGUCCGUCAGCGUAAAAUCCAAGUGGAACGAGGUGUGAACACAAGCGAGACAAAGUUAGAGGCGAAAACGGCAGCAUUGGUUGCUUUGAUUCAAAAGAAUCCGUUCAGCUUCUGCAUUGUGUUUACAAACAGUAAGAAACGCAACAAGAGUGUUGUCGAUAGGCUUAGCCGGGCUGGUUUCGCGAGUGCGGACAUUCACGCCGGUAUUCGCCAGCUUGAGCGCACUGCAAUUAUGAAAUCAGCCGCUGACGGCAACCUUCAAGUUCUCGUCGCGACGGAUUUGCUUGCUCGGGGAGUCGAUAUCGACAUUUGUGAUCUAGUCGUGCAUUUGGACAUACCGCAUGACUCCGCGACCUAUCUGCACCGAGUAGGGAGAGCGGGACGCUUUGGAAAGCUUGGACUCUCUGUCGUCAUACAUGACAGCGGUGACGAGGCAGCUGAAUUGCAUUCAAUGGAAAAAGGACUCGGUUUUAGUAUGACUAAAAUGCUGGCCCCGCGCCUCUCUGAAGCUGUCGAGGAAGGGGUUACUCAGGUGAAGGCUGACGGGACGAGAAAGAAACGGAAGAGAAGUACUGAUGGAGGUGAAGGGGAGGUUGCAGAGAGCAUGGAAAUUGAGGGGACAGAACGAGGUUUGGACAAUAUACAAGAGUCAAGGCGUGCCGAUGGUUUUGAGAGUCGGCACAAGAUUCCGGAAAUAGAGGACGCACAGGCCGGCGACGCAGAAAACAUAGAUACCUCUUGGGACGUAAUGGAAGAUGCUCUGUCUACGGGGGAACCUGAAUUAACUUGCGUUGCAGAUGGACAGGUUGCUGAUGUCGGAUUCAACACUCAAUCUGAUGAAGCGAGAAACAGCAAGCUUGCCGAGGGCAUACACAAUGUGAUAGAAGAAAAACGCAGUCCUGAAGGGAAGCUGCCCAGUGACGAAAAAGAUGGAUGGAGCGUCUAUGCAUCUCGGGCAUAUUCCGAAGGGUACGAGGAAGGGUAUGAAAGAGCUUUUCGCAUGGCAAUGCAAUUGAGGGCUCGACUUGAAAGCUGGACAUAG